AUGGCCGGUAUACUAAAUUCAUGUCAGUCUCUAUUUUUGGAAAAAUCAAAUGUUUUGAAUAAACAUACAACUUGCAUUUUCAUUCACACUUGUUUAGUAGAUCUAUUGAAUGUUUUGAUACAUUUGCGUUUGCUCAACAUUAGUGAUUUAGCAAUAAACGGUCUACCUGUCUACAUUCAUAUAUCGAGUGCUCUUUAUUCAAUAAACAAUACUAUUUCUGGCUUCUGUUCUAAUUUUCAAUUGAAUGAACACAAAAAUAAAACUAUUUAUCUUAAUUUAAUCAUCUAUUAA